AUGUCCUCAUCCUCUGCCGCUAAAAAUGCGAUCGUGAGAGGUAAUAAGAUGAUUGCGAACGUCUGCGUGGUGAACGCGGGGCGAUUGGAUUUCGAUGGGAAGUUGAAUUUACAUUCGCUUUCCCAAGCGCUCGGGCUGUCAAAGUCCUCGGGAGGAGGAGGAGAAGAUACUCACAACUUAAACGAGAACAAGAACAUAAACACGUUAACCGCGCAUCAAGAUUCCUCCCCUUCGCCUGAUGUCGUCGCCGAACGCUCUGAAGGUCACAAUUGCAUAGUCACGAAAGAAAUAGAAAUCGAUAUCGAUUUACUCCCGACUUCGGUGAAGUUAAUAUGCGAAGCCGGGACUGGUUUUAAUAACAUCGAUAUCGAGAAAGCGAAGAAACGAGGGAUUCGCGUGACGAACGUGCCGGAAUAUUCAACCGAGGCGAUGUCACAUUUAGUCAUCACGAGCAUAUUAAACUCCUCCGCGAGCAUGAUUAAACAGCAAAAGAUGUUGGAGCGGAACGAACGCGCACACUUUACGAACUUUAGCGGCUUGCCGCACUUCGAGUUGGAAGGUAAAAAAGUAGGAUUGAUUGGCGGGAACGGAACGAUCGGGAAACGCGUGUGCGAAUUAGCGAAAGCGUUUCGAAUGAAACCGUACGUGUAUUCGAGGUCGGCAAAAGCGAAAACAGAGUUAUACGACGUCUAUCAGUCGUUAGAAGAGUUGUUAUCCGAAUCCGACUUUGUGAGCGUCCACUGCCCACUCAACGACGCCACCCGAGGUAUGCUCGAUUACGAAAAGUUAUCGCUGAUGAAACCGACGAGUUAUUUAAUCAACACCGCUCGCGGGGCGAUAUGUAACGAGGAAGAUUUGAUCCAAAUAUUAAAGGAAAAGAAAAUCGCCGGCGCGUGUUUAGACGUCCAAACGAAAGAACCUCCGGACGAGGACUCGUUGCUUUGGAACCCGGGGAACGUCUUCGACGACAACGUCACCUUAACCCCACACAUCGGGUGGAAGCGAGUGGAAACCAGGCAAAGAUUAAUCGAUAGCGUCGCGGAAAGGAUUAAAGAGUUUGUCGACGGAGAGGAUAUUUUAAACGUUGUAAAUCAAUAA